AUGGAAUCUGCCGGUGAUGGUGGCGCGGAGGCUGCCUCGGUCGACGCCACGGCUGCGACGGCCGAGGGAAGCUUGGUGGCCAACCUGAGCGCCGAGGAUUACGACAGGCUCUCGGCGUUCUACGGCCCCGAGCUGUACUCGAUGGUCGAGGACGAGAAGCACCGCGAAAUCGUCGAGCGCAACUCUGCGAUGCGUGACGCAGUCAAAGGGCUGGGGAAGGUGAAGCUGGGAUCGAGGUCGAAGCUCACUGCGGCCGCCGAAUUCAUCAACAUCCCGCGGGAGAAGCCGAGGCAUGACAGGGAAGACACACCAGCUAGAGCAGAUGCGAACCAUAAGCGGCUACUGACGGUUCUGGGAUUGAAGAAGCUGUACAACUCGCUCUACAACCAACGCGUGCCCUUCAGAGUGCGGCUCGACAUCGAGCUUGCCAGGCUGCUGGAGUGGAUUGCGCCCAGCGAGGAAGAGCGCGCUUACAAAGAGAAGGUGCUGCUUCAGCUGGAGUUGAUAAUCUCUGCACUAUUCCCCAAUGCAGUUAUGCACGUGUUUGGCUCAUAUGCCACGGGACUCUCGCUCCCUGGAGGCGACAUAGACGUCUGCAUCCAGACGAAUGAGGACGAGCUUUCCACGCUGAAGCUGUUGGUCUACGCCCUCAGCAAGCUGGACCUGCUGCACUCGUUCGAGUGCGUCUUCAACGCCAAGGUGCCAGUGGUCAAGGCCAUCGACAAGGCGACAGGCGUCAAAAUCGACAUUUCAAUCUGGCAACAGAACGCGAUGGACACCACUCAGUUCAUUAAGGAGAAGGUCGGUUCUACGUCAACGUGUAGACAAGUCGCGCAGUGCGAACAGUACAAGUACAUGCAACCGCUGAUACUGCUGAUCAAGCUCUUCCUGCAGCUGCGCAAUCUCAACGACACGUACAUCGGGGGCAUCGGGUCGUACCUGCUGUACUGCAUGGUGCUCAGCUUCCUGCAGCUCCACGUGUCCAGCUGCAUCCGAAUCAAGGACGAGGAGAACACGCUGGCCAGCCUCUACGUGGACUUCUUUUACUACUGGGGGUUCCUGCGGGACUACAACCAGUUCGCCACGACCGUGCGCGGGUUCGGGCACGUCUUCCCCAAGAACCUCCUGAACACCAGGGACACUGCGCUGCUGACGUGCGAGAGCCCAUUGGAAACCUCUGUGGACAUCGGAAAGAACGCCUUCAACAUGGGCAGCGCCCGGGCGUCGUUCCAGAACGCUUUCUUUGUUCUCAUGGAGAAGCAGAACAUGUCCGGCGAUCGCAGUGGCGCCCACGAGCGCCACAACGACUGCAUCCUCGAGGCCCUGUACGACCCAUCGCACCCUAUUUUCCAGCACCGGACGGAAAGCCCAACAACACGGACCACACACUCGUCGUACGACUACCAGAAGCGCGCCUCCUCCGAGAACUCCCUGAAGGAGGUCUGCGAGCAGCUACGGCGGAUGGCCGAGGAGGCGGCCGCACCUAACGGGGAGAAGUCACUCAUGGGAUCGGUAUCGCACAAGACGGAGGACGGUGCGGCAGUAGACAAAGGGAAAUCUCUGCCGUUCUACGUGAUUGCCGACGCAGUCACCAAGGAGUUCUACAGCUCAGACUGA